CCGGGAUCCCCCUCGGCCCACUUCCGGCACGGCGCGCGGGCGGGAGCGUGAGUGUAGCGGCCGGACUGCGUGCAUCCACCGUGUAGCCUUCACUUGCCUUUGGAUCCCUGCGUGCAGACAGCAUGGCAGCCCGAGUACUUGUAAUUGGCAAUGGAGGAAGAGAGCACGCACUGGCCUGGAAACUGGCCCAGUCGAAUCACGUCAAACAGGUGUUGGUGGCACCCGGAAACGCAGGCACUGCCUGCUCCGAAAAGAUUUCAAAUGCUGCCAUCUCCGUCAGUGAGCACGGUGCCCUGGCUCAGUUCUGCAAAGAUGAGAACAUUGAAUUUGUAGUAGUUGGACCAGAGGCCCCCCUGGCUGCCGGGAUUGUCGGGAGCCUGGCAUCCGCAGGGGUGCGCUGCUUUGGCCCCACAGCAGAAGCAGCACAGCUGGAGUCCAGCAAAAGGUUUGCCAAAGAGUUCAUGGACCGGCACGGAAUCCCAACGGCACGAUGGCGCGCUUUUACCGAGCCCGGAGAGGCCUGCAGCUUCAUCAUGAGUGCAGACUUCCCGGCCUUGGUGGUGAAGGCCAGCGGCCUUGCAGCUGGGAAAGGGGUGACUGUCGCCUCGAGCAGAGAAGAGGCCUGCAGGGCGGUCCAGCAGAUCAUGCAGGAUAAAACUUUUGGCGCAGCUGGAGAAACUGUUGUCAUUGAAGAACUUCUUGAAGGAGAAGAGGUGUCUUGCCUGUGCUUCACCGAUGGAAGGACUGUGGCUCCCAUGCCCCCGGCUCAGGACCAUAAGCGACUGCUGGAAGGAGACCGCGGCCCCAACACGGGGGGCAUGGGCGCCUACUGUCCGGUGCCUCAGGUUUCUAAGGAUUUGUUGCUGAAAAUUAAAAAUACCAUUCUUCAGAGGACAGUGGAUGGCAUGCAGAAGGAGGGUGUCCCCUACACGGGUGUUCUCUAUGCUGGUAUAAUGCUGACCAAGGAUGGCCCAAAGGUUCUGGAGUUUAAUUGCCGUUUUGGUGAUCCGGAGUGCCAAGUCAUCCUCCCACUUCUGAAAAGCGACCUUUAUGAAGUGAUCCAGUCUACCCUGGACGGCCUUCUCUGCGCAUCUCUGCCGGUGUGGCUCGACAGCCAUGCGGCCGUCGCUGUCGUCAUGGCUGGUCAGGGCUACCCAGGGGCCUGCGCCAGGGGUGUGGAGAUAACAGGGUUUGCUGAGGCCCGGGCUCUAGGACUGGAGGUGUUCCAUGCAGGUACAGCCCGAAAAGAUGGCAAGGUGGUAACUAACGGAGGGCGAGUCCUUGCGGUGACAGCGGUCCGGGAAAAUCUCAUCUCUGCCCUUGAAGAAGCCAGGAAAGGAUUGGCUGCUAUCCAGUUCGAGGGAGCUGUUUACAGGAAGGACAUAGGCCACGGAGCCGUAGCGUUCCUCCAGCAGCCCAGGGGCCUGACUUACAAGGAAUCUGGUGUAGACAUCGCAGCUGGAAAUAUGCUGGUCAAGAAAAUUAAACCUUUAGCCAAAGCCACCUCCAGACCAGGCUGUGAUGUUGAUCUUGGAGGUUUUGCUGGUCUUUUUGAUUUGAAAGCAGCCGGUUUCAAAGAUCCUCUGCUGGUCUCCGGAACAGAUGGCGUUGGAACGAAACUGAAGAUUGCCCAGCAAUGCAACAAGCACGAUACCAUCGGCCAAGACUUGGUUGCUAUGUGUGUAAAUGACAUUCUGGCACAAGGAGCAGAGCCCCUCUUCUUCCUCGACUACUUUUCCUGUGGGAAACUCAACCUCAGCACCGCGGAAGCUGUCGUGGCUGGAAUCGCUGAAGCGUGUAUGCAAGCCGGGUGCGCGCUCAUUGGAGGCGAGACGGCAGAAAUGCCGGACAUGUAUCCGCCCGGAGAGUAUGACCUGGCCGGCUUUGCCGUCGGCGCCGUGGAGCGGGGCCAGAAGCUGCCUUGCCUGGAGAGAAUCGCAGAGGGGGACGCUGUCCUUGGAGUGGCGUCGUCCGGUCUUCACAGCAACGGCUAUAGCCUCGUGAGGAGAGUUGUGGCGAAGUCUUCCCUUCAGUACUCCUCCCCGGCACCUGCUGGCUGCGGCAGCCAGACCUUGGGGGACUUACUUCUAACUCCAACCAGAAUCUACAGCCAGUCGCUGUUGCCCGUCUUACGUUCAGGACACGUCAAGGCCUUUGCCCACAUUACUGGUGGAGGAUUGCUAGAAAACAUCCCCAGAGUCCUCCCCCAGAACUUGGGGGUGGAUCUAGAUGCCCGCACCUGGAGGGUCCCCGCCGUCUUCUCGUGGUUGCAGCAGGAAGGACACCUCUCUGAGGAAGAGAUGGCCAGGACAUUCAACUGCGGGGUUGGCGCUGCCCUUGUGGUGCCCGCGGACCUGGCAGCACAGGUUCUGAGGGACGUUCAGCAGCGUGAGGAGGAGGCCUGGCUGAUUGGCAGGGUGGUGGCCUGCCCUGAAGGUGGUCCCCGUGUGAGGGUCAGGCACCUGACGGAGGCCACGCACAGAGGCCGGUCAGUGCUGGAGAACGGCGCCGCAAACAGCCACUGGUCUGUCCAGCCGAAAAAGGCGCGAGUGGCUGUCUUAAUUUCUGGAACAGGGUCAAACCUCCAGGCCCUCAUAGACAGCACCCGGGAGCCGGGCAGCGCCGCCCACGUUGUCCUCGUCAUCUCCAACAAAGCCGGCGUGGCCGGCCUAGACAGGGCCGCGCGUGCAGGCAUUCCCACCAGGGUCAUUAGUCAUAAGUUAUAUAAAAGUCGUGUAGACUUUGACACUGCAGUUGACCAAGUCCUUGAGGAGUUCUCCACAGACAUAGUCUGCCUUGCAGGGUUCAUGAGAAUUUUAUCCGGCCCCUUUGUCAGAAAGUGGAACGGGAAAAUGCUCAACAUCCACCCCUCCUUGCUCCCUUCUUUUCGGGGUUCAAAUGCCCACGAGCAAGCCCUGGCUGCUGGCGUUACAGUAACGGGAUGUACCGUGCACUUUGUAGCUGAAGAAGUGGAUGCUGGACAGAUCAUCUUGCAGGAAGCCGUUCCCGUGAAGAGGGGUGACACUAUUGCCAGCUUGUCUGAACGAGUGAAGUUAGCAGAACACAGAGUCUUUCCUGCAGCCCUGCAGCUGGUGGCCAGCGGGGCCGUCCGGCUGGGAGAGGACGGCAAGCUCUGUCACGUCCAAGAAGAGUGAAGCUGCCCAGCUCGGAGGGAAGUCUGGCUGCUUGCACGGUGGCUUUCUGUCACACACUCAGCCCAGAAGAAAAACUGCUGCAGGAAAAGAGAACCUCACCCUAACCUGUUCGGCCAUUUUUCAAUGAACAGAGGUUCAUUACAAGCAAGGCUGGUACAGCAUAUCCAAUAUGCAUACGUGUUGUCGCCAGCGAAUCUUAGGUUUUGCCCGCGUACGACCUUGUUCAAAAUUAAGCUAGUCAUUCAGAACACUUUUUGCUUUUAGCCAAACAAGAUACCGAAGCUGUUCGUCUUUCUCACCCUCUUUUUCUGACCAAUGUCACCUCUGGUCCCAGUAGGUGUCCCUGGGCCGAACAGCUGGCCGAGGACACUGUUUCCUCAGGUUGACUGUGGUCAGCAGCUGCCACCAAGUGAACGGGAGAUUCAGGUGCGCCACCUCCCAUAGGUCCCUUUGCUGUAAAAACAGUUGGCUCUUUAGUUCUGGAAAGUUCACAUUGUUAAGCACCUAUAAAUAUGCCAACCACUGUCCUAUGAAGUUUACAGAAAGUUAAAAUAUCUAAAGAGAAAUGUUGGUUGAUAAAACUACAUACUUUAAGAGUAGAGGCGAGUACCAGGAUGUAAAUUAGACAAAUCAGUGUAAACUUAAGACUUCAGAAACAAAACUUCCCAGCCCUUUCUUUGAUACUAACCUCCUCUAAAAGCACCCUGCACUCUGUGUAAGAUAGCUGGUUCCGGAUCCCGGGAUCGUGUCUGAGUAUCUGGUUGCCGAAACCAAAACAUUGAAACCAGCAGGGAUGAUGCUGACAGACAACAGGGUCCACUUAAAAGGUACCCACUGUCUAGUUUGUGAUGAGUUGAUAUUGUUUGGACAUGCUGAGUGUGUUUACAAUGAUUCUCAAAGAGAAAAGGUCAUUGAAACAGUGGAAAAGUCGUAACAGAGAAGGCUAUAAACACCCUGCCCUUGCGGCUCAAUGGGUUGGGCGUCAUCCCACAGACCGAAAGGUUGCGGUUUUGAUGCCCUCCCUGUCGGCACCGGCCUGGGUUACAGGUUCGGUGGCUGGCCUGGGUGCAUUCAGUAGGCAGCUGAUCGAUAUCCCCACAUCAGUGUUUUUCUCCCUCUCUCCCUCCCUUCCCCUGCAUAGAAACCAAAAAAAAUGAUGUUUUUAAGGGGGGUGGAACCAUGUCAUUGUGUUGUUGCUGUAAUAAUAAACAU